GUUAUUCAACAAACAACCCUUUAAGUAUCUUCAAAACUCAACAAAAUUCCAAUUCCAAACUCAAAAUCAUCGAAGUUCAAAUCUCCAAUGGCCGAAACCAAAGAUUCCACUGCUGCCCACAUAGUUGAAAUCCCAGUAGAACAAGAAAACCACACUCAAAACCUCAUGAUCUCUGUAAUUCAACACCACCCAUUGCGACAAAUUUCUGAAAGCUCCGGCCAUUUAUUACUCUUAAAGCUUUGGCAAAGAGAUGAGCAUCUCUUCGGUCUCAGAAUCGGACGUCGAGAGACAAAAAUGGAGUCAUUAAAGCAACAAAUCUUUCAACUAUGUUGCUUCUUCUUCCUCUUCCAUGCCCUCUCUCUCACUCUCUUGUACACUUCCUCUGAUCCCAUUGUGUGUAAGAAAUGGUGGGUUCCGGCAGUGGUGAUAGGGGCGACGUCUGGGGUGUUCGUGAUCGUGGUGCAGCUGAAAUUGUGGAUGUAUUGGAAAGCAAGAGGGCAGUUACAGAAGGAGAAGACUGAAAACAGAGCACUUACAAGAUGUGUUCAAGAACUUAGAAUGAAAGGAUCUUGCUUUAAUUUGUCUAAAGAACCACAAAUUGGGAAUAGAAUGAAGAGUUCUAGUGUGGAGAUUAAAUGGGGGCCUCUCACUUGGUUUUCAAGGAAUUUCAUUACCAUUUCUCUUCUUGGCUUUUCUGCCAUUAUUUUUGUUACUUCCAAGUUCAUUCUUUGCGGCUUUUAAUUGCCAUUCGUCAGCAGCAGGUGCUUGAAGAAUUAAAUAUGCAAUGGAGGAUGAAGCAAGAUGGGUCCGACAUAAAAAAUAUCAUUAGAGGGAAGCAAGGGAGGCUCCAUUUUUGUAGAAUCUUUACAAAUUAUGAAGAGAAGGAUAGUGAGGAAAGUGUUGGCUUUUGAAGUGAACUAAAAAUCAGUGUUAAUUAAGGCAACACUGCUUGUGUGACAACUUUUUGUUUUGGCUUUCUAAGCCUAAUUAAUGACUUGUCAAUUUUGAAAUUGGCCAUAUGUAACUUUUUGGCUAUUUAUUAUUUAUUAUUGAUAUAUACAUCCAAUUCAUUAUCAUUA